AUCGUGUGCCAAACCAACCCUAAUCCUUUUCCACUCCUCAUCCAUCGUGCCAAACCCUAAUUUCAAUUUCAAUCUCAAUCCAUCGUUGCUAUCUGCACUCUUCCAUUAUUCAACACACUGACACAGCCACAGGUAGCAAGGUUUCCUAUCGCUUCAUCCACAGUAAUGGGAAAGAUGUUCGACAAAAAGAAGAAACUAGCUCACGGACAUGGACCUCCCAAAGAAGAUUCCAACAUGCUGGAACAACAAAUGGACAUUAGGUCCAUCAUGAAAGAUGUCCAAAAUUUCAGCUACUCGCAUAUGGCAUGGAAAGAGCGCAAGAAAAUUGAAAAUAACAAGGUUGUUUCUCUUGGUGGGAAGCCCCCUAAGAAUCAGAGAUUACCUUUAAGUGUGGCACGGCCGAUGAUGAAGAAGCAAAAGGAGAGGGAGCAGAAAAUGCUCCAAGAGAAUAUGAUUCUUGGACGAUUUGGGGGGAAGCUUGGUGGUAGCAAUAAAAAAUCAGUUGGGAAGCACAAGCCUGAGAACAGGGGUCUGAAGGCAAGUGAAGGGCGUUUUAGAAAUGGCAUACUCGACGUGAAGCAUUUGUUAAACUCAGCAGGACCAUCAAAAAACCAUGAUACUAGUAGAACCAGUAUGUUUAACUCAGGGAACAUGAAAGGAGGUGGGAUGAAACAUGGUAAAAAAGGUGCUGGUAAGAACCGGCACUGAGUGCAUCAUUGUGGAUAGUGUUUUAGGAAAAUAGAGAUGAGUCAUUUGUCAUUGUGUAAGACCUUUAUCAUAGCAUGUUUGCAAGCUUUUCUUCUUCAGAAUCAAUUUUGACACCAGAAUCUAUUCACAUAAGCUUUUCUCUGUAAUUGAUUUAACUUUAGAAUCAAUUAUAGAAGAAUUUCAAAAAAUGCUCUAAAUAUAGCAUGAUCUUUACAGUGUUCAACUGUCAUCUGAUGUAAACAUAUUUAAUGGUAACAAGUCAAAUUUUGAGGCCA